AUUUUGUUUGCAGGAGGGUAUAGUGACUGAUUGGAAAAACCUUUUUGAGUUCAGAAUUUCAUCUAAUGAAGCAGAUUUAUUCCCAGACACGUAACCCUUAUUUGAUAUCAGAUAUUUUCUAUAGGUGCUUGUUGUAGUUAUCACAUGUAUACAUAUAGUUUGCUAUAUUUUGUUUUUGUUUUUUACAGAAACCACAGUCCAUUAAUGAGUUUUGGGGCCAGUUUUGUCAGUUUUUUGAAUGCCAUGAUGACAUUUGAAGAAGAGAAAAUGCAGUUGGCAUGUGAUGAUUUAAAAGCCACAGAAAAACUGUGUGAGAGUGAAGAAGCUGGAGUUAUAGAAACAAUCAAGAAUAAAAUUAAAAGGAAUACUGAUGGCCGAAAAUCUGCACCAUCCAUGAUGGAUCGACUCCAGAGACAGAUAAUUGUAGCAGAUUGUCAAGUUUACCUAGCUGUGCUUUGUUUUGUAAAACAGGAAUUGUCAGCAUACAUAAAAGGUGGGUGGAUCCUUCGAAAAGCCUGGAAAAUUUACAAUAAAUGCUACGUGGACAUUCAUACACUUCAGGAAGUAUAUCAGAAGAAGAUAACUCAGGAAUCCUUGACUUCUGAUGCUGCAAAUGAUAAUCAUAUUGCUGCAGAAGGUGUAACGGAGGAUUCACUAAACAGACUGAAAGGUGCUGUUAGCUUUGGAUAUGGACUUUUUCAUCUUUGCAUAUCCAUGGUGCCCCCAAACCUGCUCAAAAUCAUCAACCUGCUGGGUUUUCCUGGAGACCGCCUACAGGGGCUUUCAUCACUGAUGUAUGCAAGUGAAAGUAAGGACAUGAAGGCCCCUUUAGCUACAUUAGCUUUACUGUGGUACCACACAGUAGUUCGCCCCUUUUUUGCUUUGGAUGGCAGCGAUAACAAGGCAGGACUGAAAGAGGCUAAGGAGAUUCUUCUGAAAAAAGAAGCUGCUUAUCCAAAUUCUUCUUUGUUUAUGUUCUUCAAGGGAAGAAUACAGCGAUUAGAGUGUCAAAUCAACAGUGCCUUGACCUCCUUUCAUACUGCUUUGGAACUUGCAAUAGAUCAGAGAGAGAUCCAACAUGUCUGCCUAUAUGAAAUUGGCUGGUGCAGCAUGAUAGAAAUGAAUUUCAAAGAUGCAUUUGAAUCCUUUGAAAGGCUUAAAAAUGAAUCGAGAUGGUCCCAGUGCUAUUAUGCCUACCUGACAGCAGUGUGUCAAGGAGCCACUGGUGAUGUGGAUGGUGCGCAGAAUGUAUUCAAGGAAGUUCAGAAGCUUUUCAAAAGAAAAAACAAUCAGAUUGAACAAUUCUCAGUCAAAAAGGCAGACAGAUUUAGGAAGCAGAUACCAACCAAAGAGCUCUGUGUGCUGGCAUCCAUUGAAGUGUUGUAUUUGUGGAAAGCCCUUCCAAACUGUUCCUUUUCUAACCUACAACGUAUGAGCCAAGCUUGUCAUGAGGUUGAUGAUUCAUCUUCUGUUGGUUUGAAGAAUUUGCUUCUUGGUGCCAUACAUAAAUGCUUAGGAAAUUCUGAAGACGCAGUUCAGUUCUUUCAGCGAGCUGUUAAAGAUGAACUGUGCCGUCAAAACAACUUAUACAUUCAGCCAUAUGCUUGCUAUGAACUCGGCUGUCUUUUGUUAGACAAUCCAGAGACUGUGCCAAGAGGCAAGAUCUUACUUCUCCAGGCAAAGGAGGAAUUCACUGGAUAUGAUUUUGAGAACAGAUUGCAUGUCCGCAUACAUGCAGCCUUAGCCUCUCUGAGGGAAGUGGUUCCACAGUGACAGCCAGGAAGUCUUGACAUAUUCUUUCCCACAGUUUCCGCACUUUAAUAUAAAGCAGAGGUUAAGCUUUUGGGAAGAUUGACUUUUCUUCUGAAAACCACCUGUGCCAGAGACACUUUCCUAGAAUGUUCAGAGUUGGUGUGACGUAGUAAAGUACUACAAUCUUAAUCAUUAAAAACAAAAUAAGUCAGACGGAAAGAGAGGGUUAAGUGAUGUUGUGUUUUAACUCUUUCUUUAGUUUAAGCCAAGCUGAACACAUGUAGUCUGUGAUCGUAGCCUUACCUGCACAAUAAGCACAUAUCUGAUUUACCACAACAACAUUGGGUCAGUUUUGACAGGUAUCAUUUACCUGUUUAAAUAUGUCUAAAAGAUGUUUUCUAGGGAUAACAACCUUGUGUUUGAUGAAAAUAAUACAAUAUAAAUAAUUGUUGAAAAUUGUAAGUUUGCAGAGCUGGACAGAACUUUUUUCCUUCAAAAGCCAACAAAAAAGCGGGGCAGCCAGGAUAAUAGCCAGUUUGCUCAUUAUAUUUACUGGGUUAAUCCAAUGUCUUGCUGAUGCAUACUGUGUAUAUAUUUUAAAAAACUUCCACCUAUAUUUGUGAUAAAUUAUGAAAAUAUUUAGGUUCUCUGCUUCUGGUAUGUUCCAGACAAAGAUUUUGUUUUUGACAUUUACUUACUGUAUGGGUCAUUUUAGUUUUGUUCUUAAUGUUCUACAUGGUGCAUUGGCCUGCUAGACUAGAUGUUCCAAAACUUUAGCAAAUUCUUAGGUUGCUAAAUAUUGUAAGAUAAGGCAGUAACCUUAAAAAGUAAUUUUUAACCCCCCUUAUUUUGAAGUAAGGUUAUCUUACUGAAUAGUAUCACUUCCCUUACUUCCAUAUAUGGUACUCUAAACCUCAGAUGUUUAAAGUAUUCAUAUACCUCAGUCAGCUUAAGAAUGUUUACCACAACCAUAUAACUUUAAAAACAUGGCCAAAAGUGUAGUAAUACUGUAAUCUGUUUACCUGUCAAUCAGUAAAAUUCACUGUC